CCUCAGUCUCUCAAUCCAUAUUUAACAGCAAUGGCUGUUGUUGAAGAAAGAUCAAGGAAGAGGAGGAAAGUGGAGGAUGGCACACUCUUUCACGACUCUUCGUUUACGUCUGCCGCCCAGCUGAGAAAUCUUCUUCAACUUUCACAAAAGACUACCUCCGAGAUCAAAACAGCUAUUGAUAGGUUCUCGAAUUUCCUGUCUGGAAUCUCCAAAGAGCAACAGUGGGAAGUCAAGCAGCGACAACUAAAUAUCCUGAAGACCUACUGUGACGAGCAGUUUUCUUCGUCCCACGAUCAGGUUGAUUUUCCCGACUUAUUGACCGCCUGGACUAAUGCGAGCCAAUCGAAUGAUGAGCCCGUCCUUGCUGCUGUCCCUGCCGCUCUCACCCAGUUCUUUCGAGCGGUAUCAGGUAAUCUGGAAUUCCGCGAAUUCGGGUUGUCACUUUGUCACAGCUUGCUGAAACGAGAUCAACUUCGACUGUUCGACAGAGGCUUGUCAUCACCUCGGACCAAGGAUCAUCUUAUAACCUCCUGUUUACAAUUACUGACCGAGGUUGUCAGCUUUGAUGCUGGUGCCCUUGCCAGCAAUGUUUUUGGACGACGAGACUUGCUAUAUAGGCGCCUCGAUGGCAUCCUUAGUCAAAUGCACCGAGGCGAUGAACCACGAGCCACGGCCCCUGUAGCUGCUUUGGAGUUCCUGGUGGCCAACCUGAAGUAUCUAGAUACGGCUUCAAAGAGCGAGCUCAUCAGCCAGGGAAAGACUCUACACGUGGCCAUCCGCAGCUUGCCAAACCAGCGUUCGAAUAUCAUUAUCGAAUCUCUGCUUUCUCUCGAGAUGUCGGUUCUGUUUGAUCAAAAUUUGUCCAAGCAAUUGAAGAUUCGAUGCUUCAAUUCUGGCAAUCUCUCGGCUCUGGCGAAGGUAUAUGAUGUUGCUCAAGGGGGAUCUGAGGAGGACAAGAACAGCCACGAGGCUGUUCGAGAUGCUUUACAUCAUCUAUUGCUUCAGGUCUGCGCAACAACGAAAGGCGUAUUGCUUCCACAAACUGGAUGGUAUCCCGCUGGCUUUAGCCCGGAAGUCCUUCAAGUGGACGACGAGAUGAUUGAUCUGGGAUUGGAUUCGCCUUACUACUCUGACGACUACUAUGACAAAGUCCCGAUUAAGAACAACACAAUUUCGACAUUUAUCCAAACCCUUCAUCCAGAGAAAGACAUCUUACAGGCUAAUCUGAUCACUUCGACAUUCGCCGCUGCUCCUGAGCUGGUCGCGGAUUAUUUCACCAAGAAGCGAAAAUUUCUCGUACCUCCAUCUGACGACCCGAUAUGGCGAGGGCAAUUCGCUUUUCUGUUCUCUGUUGUUGAGCUUCCUGUUCCGGCAAAUUGUGGCUGGCACGACGGGUUGCCUGAUAUGCCUCCUCCUCCUCUCUCGGUCGUGAUUGAGAGCAUCCUUCCCCGACCUCUGGACCGAGCCACCAUAACAAAAUGUCUACACAUGAAAGAGGACAUCAUGACCAUGUCGGCUGCUCGGUUGCUCACAAUUGCCCUUGAAAAGCUUGAUUCUGUGCUGAAAAUGUUCGAGCUAGCACAAACUAAGUCCCACUUGUGGGCUCAAGCUUGCACUAGGCUCAUCAACUUAUUCCUCGAACGAAUACCGCAGUUGCAGGAUACCAUAACUGCACUGCAAAGCCUUGCAAAGGACCAAGAGCGAGUGCGGACGGCGGUACUCGAAUGCAUAGCUACCUAUUACAGGGUGUUGCCGUCUCUGGCGGCGGGGUCAAAAUUUGAUAUCGGUCCGACUCUGACUCUGAUUCUGCGGAGAUUAGGUUCGGACGCUCUGGACGAUGAUAAGAGGGACGCAUUUGAGGAACAACUGCCACACCUUCUGCAGAUCUCUGAUGUCUCGCCUACGACGAAGUGGUUUCAUCGAUCGACUGCGGACACCCUUUCACUCCUGGCAGAACUACUCAAGUACUGUGUUCCUCGGCCCGGGGACUUGCUCACGAAGCAAGCGAUACCCGUUUUGAAGGCUUUGCUGUGCGGUAAAGGCGUACUCAGCACGCAUACUCGGUCUCCAGAAGCUCUACUGGCGAGCUUGACCUCUACCAAGAAAUGGCAACCUGAAGAUACAACGUAUCAGUUCUUGGAUAAUUGUAUGACGAGAACAAUGCAGCGGCCGGUCAAAUACCUCGAUCAACUUGAACAGGAACAACAGGCAGUAUCUGAUUCGAGGCCUCUCAGUCUCCUUGCAUGCUGCAUAGCCGACCAAUGGUCUUUCGUCGUCAAAAAGGACGAGAAAAAGGAAGCCAAGAACAUUGCGGAAUGGAUAGCCAAACUCUUCUCGGCGCUCGACGCUGCCGGCGAAAACUAUCGUGUCAUAACUGCUCUGGAACAAAAGAUGAUGGAAAACCCAGGACACGAUGAUAAAUCCAAAGCAAUCCUAGAAAAGGCCUUUGAAAAGCAGCGGAAAAAGCCGACAACCCUGCCCGAGCCCGAAGGCGAAGAAGAAACAGCCGAAAAACACGUAUCUUCAAAUCUCUCCAACACCAAACAGCCAUCUCUUUCCUCUCCCUCAGAAGAACCCACCGUCGACCUGGACGAAAUCUUUCCCUCACCCCCACGCAUUCCAUCAUCCCUCUCCGGCCUCGACCGCUGGACGGACCCGGACUUCGAGACCGAGAUCCAAUCCGGUCGCCUUUCCAAUCUGCUGCGGUGCCUCAUCAGCCCGGACCAAGAGAUCCGCCUGCAAGCCUUCCACACGCUCCAAACCGUCAUCCACGCCGUCGAACAAUCGACCUACCCGGAAAAGACACAACUAUAUCUCCUUCUAGGCGAAGCCAGCGAGACAAUCCGCUCACUGACUACCUUUUCCUCUCCAGACUCGCCACCACCUCCAUCCAUCAUUGCCGAACUCGCGGCGCACAUGCUCCCCGUCGUCGCCGACCCAAGCUCUCCGUACUACCGCAAAACCAAUGAAUUCCUGCUCACCACGCCAAGCUGGCAACCCGUCACCCGGAUCCUGCCCUACUGGGUAUCCAACACGUUUCUGUCUGAGCCAGAAGCGGAUGACACCGACCUGGGUGGUAGUGGUAAUCAGAACGCACAGGCUCACGAGAUCGAGCGACUUCUCGACUUACUCGUCCACUCGCUCCGGAACGAGGUGGACUUGGACCUGUUCCGGCGCGGGCACGUAUUUACGCGGCUAUUCAGUUACUUCCUCGCCCCGUUGUGCUCGAAAGACGCGAGGAAGAAGAUCCUAGAUGUCGUGCAUCGUGCCGUGGCCGGCGUCAAGGGUGGCAGUGAUACGUUGAUCACUCGCGCCGGUGUGCGGGAGUGGCUGGCCGUGGCGGCGGAGGUCAGGGAUCAUAGUGGGCAUGGAAGCACGGCGGGGCAUUUUGACCGGGAGAUUCGGAGGCUCGUGGUGGUGGUGAGGAAGGAGAUUGAGGAAAAUUGCGACAGGGAGGCGGUUGAGCGGUGGGAAGCGGAUAGACCCAUCUUCAGGGCUGGGAAUUUGCAAAAACAUGGAUCAAAGGCUGGGGAGGGCACGGGUGGUGUGCAAGGUCAGGUGAAUGCGGACAGUGAUGCGGGAAUGGAGGAAGACUGAUUAUUCAUUAUCCCGCUGGUGCACCCUUGCGUAUUCGACGCAGUGAAGGGCAUGCGAGAUCAACCCCUAUAUGAGAUCGAGUAGUAGUAGUAGUAGUAGUAUCGUCGAGUGCAUGCUGUGCAAUCAAUGCAAGAGCAGCAUAUUCACAGAGGCCUCGACCCAAUCGAUG